ACGAUUCUAUAAUUACUAAUUCAAUUGAUGGUAAAAAUAAUGAUGUUCAAUCUAUGUCUACACAAUUGAUGCAUGAUAAUAAAGAUAAAAUCAAAUUAUUAUUUGAAAUAGACGAUAUUAUAAAAUUUACUAAUUUAGUUGAUAAUAAUAAUGGAUCAACACAAAUAUUUGAAGAAUAUAAAUCCAUACUUCUUGAUGCGCUCAAAAUUGUACAAGAACAAGAAAAUGCUAACAACAUACAAUGGACACAGUCUGUUCAAGGAAGUUUCAGAGGCAUUCAAAAUUUAGUAACAGAUAUUCAAUCCUAUAGAAGAAGGCUAACCAACCCGC